AUGCCCCGUGAUGGCGACUGCGGGGACGCCACAGCGGAUGGCGAAGGCGAACGGGAGAGGAUGAACCCGUCCAAGCGCAGGAAAUGCGACGUCGUCGAUGCUUCCGGCGUUGCGCUGCGCGAUGCUAAAGCGUCGUCGGCCCCAGCCACGCCGGGUAACACAGCGUCGGCGAACAACACGCCGACAACUUCGCAGGAUAAGCGGCGAGCGAAGACUCCGCAAACGGAGGAGUACUCAGAUGGUUCCUCUGAUGAAGAACCUGACGAAGCACCUGACGAAGCACCUGGAAAUGACGUGUCGAAAACGCAGAAUGGAGGGAAUCAGGCAGACAGCGCGCCUGGAAAAGCACCUGAAAAGGCACGUGGAAAGACGCCUGAAAAGAACGCCGCGGCGCCGCAGCCCAAGGAUAAGGAUAAGGGGAAGAACAGAGGGUACCUGGGAGUCAGGCAGAGGGCUUCUGGCCGUUGGAUCGCGGAGAUCAAAGACACGAACCACAAGAUCCGCAAGUGGCUCGGGACCUUCGACACGGCGGAAGAAGCCGCCCGAGCCUACGACGAGGCUGCGCGGCAGAUUCGGGGAGCGACCACCCGAACCAACUUCACCGCGCCGGACUCUCCCACUGGGGGAAAAGGCGGCGGCGCGAUUAAGGCCUCCCAAGCGUCGGGAAACAGCAGUCUGCCGCCCAUUCCGUGCUCCGUCGUUACGGACCCAGCAACCUCGAGGAAAACCCUAGACGAUGUCCUUCGGUCGUUACCUCCCCCGCGCAAAGCUGGCUCGCUGCAAAAGUUCCCCCCUGCGCCUCCGCUCCCCCCUUCCGCCGUUGCCGCCGCUCUUUCCGCGACCGGAUCCGCGGGGUCGGCACUAGCCUUCCCCCUGAUACAGCCCCCUACGCGCCAGGGCUCUGCUAGUAUUAUCUCCUCCCCUAGCCCCUUCCCUACUUCGAGCUCUGUGGGAAACGUGGCGUCGGUUAUUCUUAACGGUCCUGUAGCCGCCCUCCUGUCGAGUUUCGAGUCGCAGCAGCAGCAGCAGCAACUGCAGCAGCAGUACGAGGCGCUUCAACACGAGCAGGAGCAGCUGCAGGUGCGGAAAGGGCAGCUGCAGCAGCUGAUGCAGCAGCAUUCGCAGGGGCAACUGCAGGGCCAGUCGCAGGCGCAGUCGCAGGGGCAGUCGCAGGCGCAGUCGCAGGGGCAGUCGCAGGGGCCGUCGCAGCAGCAGGGAUCGUUGACUACGGCGUUGAGUCCUAGUGAUGCGCUGGCAGCAGCAGCAGCCCGGUUUCUCUCCGUGGCCUCUGCAGCCCGAGCAACCACCCCCCCUCCUGACGCUGAAACUGCCGUUGCCCUCUCUCUCGCCCUUGCCGCCGCCGCUGCGCCUAACGCUGCUCUUGCAAACUCAACUGCUUCUAUCGCAGCUGCUUCUAACGCAACUGCUGGCGCCGCUCCCAUCAGAAGCCCUAUUGCUGCGGCUAUAGGUCAAAGCAAACCGUUCGUAAACGCCUUGACCCCCUCACCUCCUCCUUCCAUCCUCACCCCAAGCCUCGCACAAGCAAUGCGCUCCCUUUCCCCAGCACCAGCACCAGCAGCAGCAGCAGCAGCAGCAGCAGCAGCAGCAGCAGCUCCUGCCAGCAAUGCGCUACCUUUCCCCAACAUCACCCUUCCCCCGCCUAGCAACUUCCGCCGCCCCUCCGUGCUUCCGCUCUUCCCCCACGCCUCGUCUGUGGGCAGCAGCGCGCAUGAGUCCGCCUCUAGCGGCUUCCACGUCCCCCUUCCGCGCUCCCCAUCCAUCAAAAAGCCCCUGCCCCAGAACCCCCUUCCCCAAAGCAACCUUUCUCAGAACACCCUUCAACAGAACAACCUUUCCCAGAACCCCCUUCCCCAGAGCAACCUUUCCCAGAACACCCUUCCCCAGAACAACCUUCCCCAGAACCCCCUGACCCAGCAAUCCAGUGGAGUGUCGGCCCAGGCUGUCGAAUUCGCGGUCGCAGCAGCUGCAGCUGCUGCAGGGAGUGCGGGUGGUGCAGGUUCAGCUAAGGUAGGGCCAACUGGAGCGAGUUUAGGUGGUGCAGCUGCUGGUGGGGCAGGCGGUGGGCUUGGGCAGUAUCUAGGGCAGCAGCAGCAGCAGCAGCAGCAGCAGCAAACGCCGCAGCAGCAGCAGCAGCAGCAGCCCAACCCCCUCUUCCCCGUGUUUCCUUCGUCUGGGUCUAUUUCCUCCCCCCCGCCCCCCCAGUGGGCGCAAGGGGUGCUCGCGGGGGCGUUGACGGCGCAGCAGCAGGCGCAGGUGCAGCAGGAGAUGCAGCGGCUGGAAGCAGGGCACAUUGGGGGUGCAACCGGUGCAGGUAUAUCUGGUGCAGGUGGCGCUGCUGGUACUGGUCCUUCCAGUGCGGUUUUGAACGGUGCUGGUGCUGCUGGUGCUGCCGGUGCUUCUGGUGCUCCUGCUAGUGUCGGCCCAGGUGCUCCAAGUGUUGGGACAGGGAUUGCUUUGGGAGGCGUAGCUGCUGGUUCAAGUGGUGGAGCUGGUACGUGUGGUGGGAUGGCUGCUUCAGGUGGUGGGGUUGUUGCGUCAGGUGGUGGGGUGGCGGCCCCAGGUGGUGGAAACAAGAAGACACUGAAUGAUGUUGAACUCUUGCUGUUGCGCGCACUGUUCAGUGCUUCCCAGAUGCCAAACGCUCAGCAGCAGCAGCAUCAGCAGCAGCAGCAGCAGCAGCAGCAGCAGCAGCAGCAGCAGCAGCAGCAGCAGCAGCAGCAGCAGCAGCAGCAGCAGCAGCAGCAGCAGCAGCAGCAGCAGCAGCAGCAGCAGCAGCAGCAGCAGCAGCAACAACGACAACAAGAGCAACAGCAGCAGCUGCAGCAGCAGCAGCAGGCACAGCAGCAGCAGCAGCAGCAGCAGCAGGCACAACAGCAGCAGCAGCAGCAGCAACAGCAACAGCAGCUGCAGCAGCAGCAACAACAACAGCAACAGCAGGCACUACAGCAGCAGCAGCAACAACAGCAACAGCAGGCACUACAGCAGCAGCAGCAACAAGAUCAGCGGCAGCGUCUAGCACAGGUGUUGCUGCAGCAGUCAGGGCAAGCGGACAGGCCGACAGGCACAGGUGGGACUGGUGCAGGCGCAUCUGCUAUCAACCCCAGCAGCACGGUUGAUAUCACCAGCACCCGCAAUACGCACACGAGCGGCAGCAACGAGAGCACCGCCCUUCAAUCCAUCUCCAUCCGCGCUUUGGCAGCCGCCAUUGCCGCGUGGGGCAAGCAGUAUGGCGUCAACGGGGAGGUGCAGGUGAAGCUGGGGGAGGGUGGAUCUGGGGCGGGCGGCUCUGUGACCAUCCAUGGGCUGGCUGGCGGGCAGGCAGAGGGCACAGCUACAGGAGGGGCAGGUAAGGCGGGAGCUACGGCUGGGGAAAAGGGGGAUGGAGGAGACAAGGGAGUGGGAGGAGGGGAGGGAGCGGAGGGAGGGAGAGGAGGGGGGAGUGGUGGCGACAAGGGCGGUGGAGGAUGUGGGGAGGGAGGGAAGAAGCCACCAGUGAUUCAGAUUCUGCCUGGGGGGGUGCGUGUGUCUGGGGACGUGUUCCUGGAGUUCUCUAGAAUGGAUUCGGCGGAGCUCUUUGGUGACCUCGCUGCCCUCUCUUCCCUUCCGCCCAAGACCGCUGCCGCUCCUGCUGCUGCUGCCCCUCCUGCCCCUGCUGCCCCUGCCGCUGCUACCCCUCCUGCCCGUGCCGCCCCUGCUGCUGUUGUCCCUGCCGCCUCUGUAAGACCCCCUACCCCGGCUGCCGCCCCCGCCCCUGCCGCCACUGCUUCUGCAGUCCCUCCCACGUCUGCCUCUGCUCCUCCCGUCGCUAUCUCUGACAUGGCUUCCAUUGCAGCUUCUGCCCCACACGUUGCUACCACAGGGAACCCAGCCCACACUGGCAACCCUGCUAUUUAUAGUAACCCUGCCAUGUGCGGGGUUUCGAGUUCGGCGACUCCAUGUUCGAGGACUCCAGGCCCGGGAACGCCGGGCCUGUCCCGCAGCUUCUCCGACAACCCGUUGCUUCGGUUUGCCAGGCUUGACUCAUCUGACCUGUUCGGUUACUCCCCUAGUGCCAAUAUGGCUAGCCCUGGCGGUUCAGGUGCGGGUGGGGGUAGUGCUGCUGCUGUAGUGGGGGAAACGGCUGAUCUGAAGGGUGAUUCGGCAGCGGCUGUGGCUGCUGCUGGUGCUGCAGAAGCAGCAGAAGCAGAGGAAACUGGUCAAUUGGGCGGUGGUGAUAAGGGAUGGCAGGAGACCAUGGGCAAGGGCGAGAAUGCUGGUAAUGGCAAUGGCACAGGCACUGGCAACAGCAGCCUGAUGCCUGUGAAAUGGGGCGCGUUCAAGUCCCCUCCUGUGCGACCACCUGCUACCAUGGCAGCUGCAGCAGCGGCGGCAGCAGCAGUGAGGAGUGGGGAUGCAUACGGGGUGCAACCCUCGCCAGCUACUCGCUUCAAGGCCGGACUGAGUGACAUGAGCCCUCUGCCAUAUCUCCCCACAGCACGCCAGAAGGUCGCCAGGGAGCGGGAGCAGAACUCUCCCCCUCUCGUUCCUUCAACACAAGACGCACUUUCCUUUCCCCAACCCCAAUGUAUUCCCCCCCCCUCUCCGCCCUCUGCCAUGUCCCCCCACAGCACUCCAGAAGGCCGCCAGGGAGCGGGAACAGAGCUCUCCCUCUCUCCUUCUCCCUGCAAGCCCAAACCGCCCCGCCCUCCCCUUUUCGCCUCACCGCCUGCCUCCAGCCUCCCGUUCCCUGUCUUGCCUCCUCCCAUCAAACCUCCUUUCUCGACUGCUACUGCUGCUGCUCCUCCUGCUGUUCACAGUGGUGGUGGUGGUGGUGGUGGUGGUGGUGGUGGUGGUGGUGGUGGUGGUGGUGGUGGUGGUGGUGGUGGUGGUGGUGGUGGUGGUGGUGGUGGUGGUGGUGGUGGUGGUGGUGGUGGUGGUGGUGGUGGUGGUGGUGGUGGCGAUGGUGGUGGUGGCGAUGGUGGUGGUGGUGCUCCUGCUGCUGCAUCUUCUGCUGCAGAUGCUGCCACUGCUGCUGCUGCUGGGGCUGACGGUUUUGCAAACGUCUCUGCUGCUUCUGCCUCUGCUGCUGCCGUUGCUGCGGCCAGUGGUGGCGCUUCAGACGCCAACGCGAAUGCGAAAUUUAAUGCGAAUGCAUCUCCAUGGGGACCUCAACCAUCUCCUUCCACCCUCAGCAUGCUCUCGCCUAGCUCCCGGGGUCGCUGGGAGUUGAAGCGAGCAACAGCGUCGGUGCUGCCGCCAGCCACAGACGCAGCAGACGACCCGCUGCUGGUGAUCGCACAGGCGGAGAAAGCAGCCACCAUGGCUGCCGCUUCUGUCGCCCAUAUGCUUGCUGCUCAGGCAUCUGCUGCUCGCGUGUCUGCUGCACCUCCUGCUGCUGCUGCUGCUGCUGCUGCUGCUGCCUCUGCUGUUGCUGAUGCUGCUCGUGGCGGUGGUGAUGGUGAUGAUGGUGAGGAUGAUGAUGGUGGUAGUGAUUCGGAUGGUGGUGAGGAUGGGGACGAUGCUGCUGCUGCUGCUGCUGGCCCCCGUCACUUCUUCCCCAAGCACCCCAGCCUCAAUCUCCAGUUCACCAUGGGAGGCAACGUCCCUUUCAACAUAGGCAGUCCGUCAGUCGCCGCGUAUCUCAGCAGCCCUUCCUUCGCUGCCUCCCUCGCCGCCUCUCUCCUGCACAACCCUGCCGACGCCUUCAGCCGCCAGAGCUCCGGGGAGCUUUUCGGCCGGCAGAAUUCGGCAGAUCUGUUCGGGCGGCAGAACUCGGCCGACCUCUUCGGGCGGCAGAACUCGACGGAUCUCUUCGGGGAGUCCCUCACGCCGUCCGCGCUCGCGGCCGCAGCAGCCAGGCUUGCUCGCCUCAGUUCCGCCGAGCUGCUUCAUCUCGCCGACUCGCCUCUCAACGCCUCGCCUCUCCCCUCCAUUUCCACCACCACCCCGCCGGUCUUUGGCAGCGGUUACUCUGGUGGUGGCAGCGAUGGCAGCGAUGGCAGGGGUGCUGCUGCUGGUGCAAUGGCAAUAGCAGCGGCAGCAGCAGCAGGAGCAGCAGCAGCAGGAGCAGCAGCAGCAGGUGGAGGGGCAGGAGUAGUGGGGGUAGCAGGAGGAGCGGGAGCAGUGGGGCAUUUGUCUGCUGAUGCGAGUGCGACAGCAGCAGCAGGGCUACACGCGUCGAGGGUAGAUUCUUCUGAGCUCACUGGGAGCACUCGGUUUGCUGCAGAAGCUGCUGUGAAGUAG